CAUUCAGUCAGUGCUCGCGCGCGGUGGAGGCCGUACGCCCCACGGAACGGAACUAUCUACUCGUCUUUGUCACGUAGGCAUGCGUUAAAGUUGCCAGUUGUUUAUAGUGCAUCAAGAUGAAAGUGGACAAAGAGUUAUGCGUGGCGGGCCCGGAGACUGUACCUAUUAUCUCCGACAGGAAGGGCAGCCUGAAGGUGGCCAUCACGCCGCUGCAGCACAAGACCCUCACACACUUGCCGAAGCGGCCGCCGGUGGACUUGGCCUUUGAGGACCUCACUUACAGGGUCCAGGAGGGAAGAAAGAGCAAUGUGAAGACAAUCCUGAAGUCUGUGUCGGGGCGGCUGCGGUCGGGCGAGCUGACGGCCAUCAUGGGACCGUCCGGCGCCGGCAAGUCCACGCUGCUCAACAUACUCACAGGAUACAAGACGUCAGGAAUGGAAGGCAGUAUCACAGUGAACGGCAUGGAGCGGAACCUAUCGAGCUUCCGCAAGCUGUCGUGCUACAUCAUGCAAGACAACCAGCUGCACGGCAACCUGACCGUCGAGGAGGCUAUGGCGGUCGCCACCGCGCUCAAGCUGCCUUCUGCCACUUCUAGGGCUGACAAAUCCGAAGUGAUCCAAGAGAUCCUCGAGACGCUCGGUCUGGCGGAGCACCACAAGACCAUGACAUCGAAUCUCUCCGGAGGACAGAAGAAGCGUCUCUCCAUCGCCCUGGAGCUGGUCAACAACCCGCCCAUCAUGUUCUUCGACGAGCCCACCUCGGGCCUCGACAGCUCCUCGUGUUUCCAAUGCAUAUCCCUGCUCAAGACGCUGGCGAGCGGAGGCAGAACUAUUAUAUGCACGAUCCAUCAGCCGUCCGCUAGACUGUUUGAAAUGUUUGAUCACCUGUACACUCUGGCCGAUGGACAAUGCGUGUAUCAGGGUAGCACGGGGAAAUUAGUGUCAUGGCUAGGCAGUCUGGACCUGCAGUGCCCGUCGUACCACAACCCCGCGUCGUUCAUCAUCGAGGUGUCGUGCGGCGAGUACGGCGACCACACCGGCAAGCUCGUGCGCGCCAUCGACAACGGCAAACACGACAUCAGGAACGGCCAACCCUUCCCUGAAGCGAAACUUCCCAACCUCAACAACAAAGAAGACAUGGCGAACUCUCUCAACGCGGAGUGGAACAAGAACGACCUGUCCCAAGUGCAAGAGAAGUUCAGAGAGGAGAAAUCCAACGGGUCCAACGGCGCCGGCGCGGGGCACUUGCAGAACGGGAUCUUGCAGUACGCGGCUAAUGAGAUCGGUAAAGGAAAAGGCGAACCGCUGGUAGUACAGAUGGAGCUGGAGAAACAGGAUAACACGGAAGCGGCGCUGCUGGGCGGCGACUUGUCCCCGCGCCGCUACGCCACGUCCGAGCUCACGCAGUUCUGGGUCGUGCUCAAGCGGACGCUGCUCUUCAGUCGUCGAGACUGGACGCUGAUGUACCUGCGUCUGUUCGCGCACGUGCUGGUGGGCCUGCUGAUCGGCGCGCUGUACUACAACAUCGGCAACGACGGCGCCAAGGUGCUCUCCAACCUCGGCUUCCUGUUCUUCAACAUGCUGUUCCUCAUGUACACCUCCAUGACCAUCACCAUCCUCAGCUUCCCCCUGGAGAUGCCCGUGCUAGUGAAAGAGCAUUUUAAUCGCUGGUACUCGCUGCGCUCCUAUUACCUGGCCAUCACUGUCUCCGAUAUACCAUUCCAGGCAAUAUUCUGCGUGAUCUACGUGGUGAUAGUGUACCUGCUGACGUCGCAGCCGCUGGAGUGGUUCCGCUUCUCCAUGUUCCUGACGUCGUGCCUGCUCAUCUCCUUCGUGGCGCAGAGCGUGGGGCUCGUGGUCGGCGCCGCUAUGAACGUGCAGAACGGCGUGUUCCUGGCUCCGGUCAUGUCGGUGCCGUUCCUGCUGUUCAGCGGGUUCUUCGUGUCGUUUAAUGCUAUCCCCGUGUACCUGCGCUGGAUCACAUAUCUCUCAUACAUCCGAUACGGUUUUGAGGGCACCGCGUUAGCGACCUAUUCCUUCGACCGGGAGAAGCUCAAGUGCACUCAGUCGUACUGCCACUUCAAGAACCCCAAGACGACGCUGGAGGAGCUGGACAUGCUGGACGCGGACAUCUGGCUGGACGUGGCGGCGCUGUGCGCCAUCUUCCUCGUGCUGCGCAUCUCCGCCUUCCUCUUCCUGCGCUGGAAGCUCAAGUCCACCAGAUAAGCUGCUCCACUCUCUAGUAGAUACCUACUCUAGUAGAUUAUCCUAUGACUUGAAGUAGCUUGUAUGUAUCGUCUCCAGUUCUCGACCAAAUGAUGCCAUGAAAGCUGUGGCAACCUUUGCUCGAGAACUCCAGAUGUAGUAAAAUUAGACUUCAUUACUGAUUUUGUAUAAAAAUAAACAUCUUUUAAGAGCAGCUCCGUGUCCGAUACGAGGUUAUGAAGAUUCGUUUAAAGACGUCGUUAUUUAUAAAUUGAGAUAAUAAAUGAAACUAAAGAAAGAAACAAUUAUAGAAGUAAGAAUGAAUAGGGAUGUUACCAAUUUUUAAGCAUGUGAUAAUGAUCGUGGAAUGUGUACUGAAAUGAAUGAAAUAAAAAUUUAACUUUAUUUUAAAAGGGGGAUAUUCUCCCAAAAUCGACUCCCCGACUUUGAUUAUAAGGACAUUUUGCCUGGGGUCGACAUGAUUUGACGUAAUAAUCGUAUGACAAAGAUGUCGCGUUAGAUAAUAAUGAAAACGUAGUAUAGAGAAAGUUGUGACUCUGUCGCCAACUUAUUUAAAUUGCUCAAAUCUAUUUAAAACUGUUCAUUUUUAAAACUUCAUAUACCAUGACAAAUUGUGUUUUAAGAUUUCCAUUUUGACAUCCAAAUAAAACCAAGUGCCUUGUUACAAUCAGAUUAUUUAAAUUGUGAUAGCCAAUGUGAUAUAUGUAUAUGGUAUUGCCAAAAUGAGACAAAUCAUGAACUGAUAUUAUAUGCAAAUAAUUUACUGACUUAUGAACUACAGAACUGUUUUUUUAGCUGUACAAGACAUUCCAGUUUAAAAGGUUUAUUCGUGACGCAUUUUAACAAUUUAUAUAACAUACAUGUGUCAUUCUACUUAGACCAAAUUGUUAAUAAUUAAAAUCAUUAUAUAUUCAAGAUCUGAAAUGAUAUAAUAUUGUAGUUAUUGCGCAAACCAUCAAAUUAAUUUUUUAAAUAUUUAUAAAUGAUUUUUUACUAUCUGAAUAUACUUACUUUGAGAUAUAAUAUAUAUCUGUGCCUCAGAUGUAAGUAUCAAGAGAUACAAAAACCGAAGUUUCCAUUAGUUUUUGCCACUUAUAAAAAUUUGUACCGAGUGUCUUGCCCUGGCUGGCUUGCCUUUUCCUAUCUUUGUAAAGCUGAUUGGUAUAAGUGUAAUGUGUAGUAUUAUUCAUAAGACGUCACCUAGGAGUAUUCCAAUCAUGCAAUGGUGUUUGACUCACGAAAACUAUUACUCAACAAAUAUUAUAAAUACUUUACAGCUUUUUACGCAGGGAUCACGGUCAAUAUUGUACUUAGCAUAGUUCUUAUUAUAAUUAUACUCUAGGUAGAAGAAUUCGACGGUUAUGUUAUUCGGUUAGUUUAAAAAUUAUGGUUAUAAAAUGUUUUGUAUAUUUUUAAUAAAUGGUUUAUGAAGUAA